GCAUUAGAUCUAUUAAGUCUUUAAGGUUAAAAAAGAAGUCUCCUUUAAAAACCAAAAGAGAAUAUAAGAAAGAAAAAAUAAUUUUUCAUUUGUACCCGAUAGUUUUUUUUUUUUAAAUCUGUUUGCAAAUGUUCACUGUAAUGGUUUGAAACCCAGUCGUGUCAUUUCUUUACGCCCACACAGAGCUGCAGUAGUGCAGACACUGUAACAGGCAAACCAUAUUACCAGCAACAGACAUUAAAACUCUUCCCACGCCAAGCAUGGGCUGAAAUCACCCCCCAUCCCCACACACCCCACUGCAAAACCUUCAAUGAUCAGUUUAAAAAAAAAAAAAAGAAAAUUGAAAAAGGAAACAGGAUGCUUCUUUUGUUUCAACGCUAUUCCAGAGAGACCUGUACCACUCCACCUGCCUAUGGACUGACCGCCUAAAGGAAGGGGAGGAGGGGAGAGAGAACAAACCACCAAGGCUAGCCAAAUCAGAUAACUGAACUGGAUAACAUACAACCUUUGAAAUGGAGGCACAGAGGCAACCCCAUUCCACAGUUGCACUAGCUGAUCAACCAGUUAAAGUUUCAUCUCUUCAGGCUGCAUACUGUUCAUCAAGUAUCAGACAGAGUCCUGUGAUUUUUCAGCAGGAACAAGCCCUGCCUCAGACUAUAUACCUGAAAGCCCUUACCAUACCACUGUAUCAUCCUAUCCAGUCAGGAUGCUAUCAGUCAAACAACCAGUUAGCAGCUGGUGGAAGCAGCAUAAAUCUAGACAGCAGUAAUAUGCCUUUAAUCCUAAACCCACGUCUGCAUUCAGAGAGGACAGAUCAGCCUCAGUCAGUUGCUCAGAAACAAGCAGGGCAAACUUUGACAUUAAACAUAGUUAGUUCACCGGUUUUACCAUCAAGUUCCUGUCCAAAUGCACCUGUUGGAAGUCCAGGGAAAUCCAAAAAUGCUGGGAAGUACAUCUGUAAACACUGUGGACGAGAUUGCCUGAAGCCCAGUGUCCUUGAGAAACAUAUUCGCUCACACACAGGUGAGAGGCCCUUUCCCUGCACUACCUGUGGUAUUGCAUUUAAAACUCAAAGCAAUUUGUAUAAACACAGAAGAACCCAAACACAUGUCAACAAUACCAAGCUGCCCUCAGGGUCUGACAACAGUGGCAUAUUAGAGGAGAAUGAGAAGGCAACAGACAGCAUCAUGUCACAUCAGGGUGCAAAACGAGACAACAAUGUCUGUGAAAAGCAGGGGCCAAGAAUUAAACAAAUAAUUUCAGAGACCAGUACCACAAUGGACACGAAGACAUUUCCAUCCAUUAUUUCACUACCAACACUGAAUGCUUUAUCACUUACAUCAGAAAGUCAGAAGAUAACAAUUGAUGAUUCCUAUUGGCCAGAGGCAAGUCAGGGUGUCUCUGAAAGAGAACCAAUGCAAGAUCCCCAAAAUCUAUCUUCUCUACUAGUUUUGCCAGACAGUGUACACCAGAGAAAGAUGAUACAGGAGCAAAGAUUCUCAACAGCAAAUAAACAUAUUCAGUUGCAAAGGCAGCAAGCAACUUAUUCAGAUAAGCAAUGGGACUGCAAACCAUCUGACUAUAAGCUGAAGAAGUGUGAGAGCACUGAUUCCGGAUAUCUAUCACGCUCUGAUAGUACAGAGCAACAGAUGCUGACCUCCAGCCCCCUGCAUAGUCUUUGUGAACAAAGCACAGAGCUGGAAAAUGAAACUGCCUUCAGUGGCUUAAGGUGCAUGGCAGGAAGUAGUGCAAAACUGGAUUCAGCUGAGAAAGCAACAGCCUUGAUGCUAGAGAAAAAGAAGCUGGAAGAGCAUAUCUCAAAACUGAUCUCUCAUAACAAAGCUGUGGUGGAUGAUACCCAAUUAGACAACGUUAGACCCAGAAAAACAGUGCUUUCCAAGCAGGGCAGUAUUGAUCUGCCAAUGCCUUACACAUAUAAAGACUCGUUCCAUUUUGACAUCAGAUCUCUUGAAGUAAACAGGAAAAAGAAUCUUUCCCUUUGUUCAGCAAAAUCUACCUUUACACCCAUAGAAAAAUCCAAGCCACUGUUUUUUCAUUCAGUCCCCACGCAAUUCUCGACAACAAUAGACUGUGUGCCUGUCACAAGAAGCAACUCUUUGCCAUUUGUAGAGAGCACAAGAAUGGCACACGACAGAGUGGGUAGCUCAAAACUACCAUCUUUCACUAGGCAGCCCCUGAAUAUGAGCUCUUCUAGUUUGUUGCAUAGCAACAAUCUUGCUACAAGUUCAGUGGAUUUUCCUAACAGCCAUCCCCGUGCACUUGUCAGACAAACAGCAGUGGAUGACUUGCCACUAAGUAACGCAGUCUAUGAUUAUUCUCUCUCUGAGGAGAUGAAAGAAACUAAAAAGCCUGGAGCUGGAGGAGAAGGAGUGAAUGCUAAAUGUAAGAAGUCAACUCAAAGGAAAUUUAAAAUGUUCUCUCAGGAAAAAUGGCAGAUGUAUGGUGACGAAACAUUCAAGAAAAUCUACCAAAAAAUGAAAAGCAGUCAAACUGCCAAGAAACUGAAUCAAAGGGGGGAAAAGGCAACAGACAAUAUAGGCUUCACCCCUGAUCCAAAGGAAGCAGCCAAUGGUGAUGGAGUUAUUCAGCCAAAAGAUGGAAGGAGCUCUUUAAGUGGGAAUCUUUCCUCCCCUGUGACCAUUUCUAACACAGAAUUAAACAUUGUGAAAUCAAAAACCUGUCCCAUUGGUAAUCGUGUACUGCACGGUGUUUCCUCAGAAGAGAAUGAAGGCAGAUUUACAGAACUAAUGGAAAUGGCACAUUCAAUAAAUGCUGGUGAACAGAGUGUAAUAUGCAAAACUUCCCCAAAACAUUGCUGCAGGAACAAACAUAGUUCAGAUAAAUAUACAGGUGGCAAUAACAUGUUACUGGCUGUAAGCAGUCAUGAAACAAGGCUUCAUUUUAAGCAGAGAGCUAGUCAAUUAAACUCUAACAUGCUGAACACUGAUAGUCUGCAAAUGCAUAAUAGUCAAUUGGAAGAGUCAUAUCCUGGGAGUGAAUCCAAUAUCCUCAUAUUAGAUAGUGAAAAUAUUUUUAAAAGUGAUGGAGAAAACCACACUAGUAAAGAAACUUCUCAACAUGCACAGAUGACCUUAAGGGCACACAACUGCAGCAAUGGUGAAUCUACACAGGAAUUCCAAAAGCUACCAUCAGAGAGAAAAAAACUGAAAGUCGAUGAGCUGAAGAGUGGAGAUAAUGGAGCUCUAAAAUCCAGUCCCAGCUCCAGUAGCGAAAAUAACACAGUAGGUGAAACAGUGAAACUGAUAGACUGUUAUAGUGUACAUGCCAUCUCCCCAGCAUUAGUUAAACAGUCAGCUAAAGACGGAGAGCAGAAUUCAAGCACAGACAUGAAUGAAUCGAUCAGCAGUGCUGAAGGCAUGGAAUAUGAGAAAACAAUGAAACUUCCCAUAGAACCCAUAUAUGAUAGUGAUAAUACUGCUAACCUUCUUCCACAAUCAGCAAAGGUCUCAACAGCUUCACUUUCUGAAUUUCUGGUGCCUGAGUUAAAGAGAGAUAAUUGUAGUUCUUUUGCCUUAAGUAAGGUGACAGAUACAGGAGCCAAAACAUGUCCUGUGACAGCAGGAGCAAGAUUGUCACUGCAUAGUGGUGAUGAUGCUGGCAUAUCUUCCACUACUCAAAAUCUGGAGUUUGGUCAGGUAACUCCACCUCUAAAGAAAAAUGCAUUUUCUCCAAAGUACAUCCUUAAAUUACCACAAGAAGAGAGUACUACAGACCUGUCACUUUUAGUGGAACAAGGGCAGGAAAGCAUGUCUGGUAUUUCUCUACCAGUUCCGAUAACCAAAACUUCCUGCACUAUCAACAAUAGGACAGUCAGUGUUGAUUCUGGUGAUGUGUUUUUGUCCCCUUUAGAAUUUGAACUGAGACACCAGGCCAGAGCAGUAGGGCUCAGAUGGGGUGUACAUACAAACUGGAAGGCUCUGGUACCUUGUCUACCAGUCAACUCAAGAACAACUAACAGCCCAACCAAGAUAGAUGACAGCUUUCAGAACCAAAGCUGCAGGCAGAAGGAAAUAAUCAAAGACACCUGGAAAGAGACUAAGCAUAAAGAUAACUUAAGUGAUCGAAUGCAAGCAGACGAGAAGUGGAUAAGUACAACCGUUUGCUCUGCACAAACCACAGAGAAGAAAGUAUGCUUUACUUCUGUGUAUACAGGUGGCUUUUUCAUAUCUGCCGACAUCAAAGGAGAGAAUCAGGUCUUACGUCACCUUCACUCAGGAAAUAACUCUUUAAUAAUGACAUCUUCAUCAGGCAAAGGGGCAACCUCUAGCGGGGACACUGAACAGACAAUCAUGGGAUGGGACACAGAUGGUAGCUCUUCAGGCAUCCUUAAGGACACUUCACCAGGGUUGCAGGAUUUACAGUAUUCUGUGUGUUCAAUAGACAAUUCAAAUUAUUUUUGCCAUUCCUUUGGCACGUUUUAUUGCCACACCCUCAGUUCUCAACGUAAGGAACUCCCUGCACUGUCCCAAAUCAGUUUGACUUGUCUCUCGGGAAACUCAAGGAUCUCAAGCACAAAGAGCUCCUUCCCAUCACUAAAUGCUGAGCCUCAAUUAACUUGGUGUUGUUUAACCAGAAGCCUUCCUCUACCUGCUGAGCAAAAGGAGAAGGCCGACUCUGCUUACUCUUCCUUGCACAUCUGUAAGAAAAAUUCUGGUAGUGAAGGCACAUUGUCAAAAUGUGACUUUUCUUUUAUCAAAAUGAAAAGUAUUAGCAAGACUGUGCCCUAUGGCUUAACCACUGGGAAUUUAAAAACACUGUUUUCAUCCUUUUCCCAGGGAGAGCAGCUACAGAAGUCCAGUUCAAAGGCUGGAGGAAGUGGAGCUUCAGGAACUAUUGCAGCGCGAGAGAAGAAAGAAAUACUUUGCAGAAGGGAAAAAUUCACAACAAAUAAAUCCAAGAGGAGCCAUAAACAGAAAAAAAUGAAAAUCAACCCAAAAUGGUCCAAAAGGAACCAUAUGCACGGAUAUAGUCAGUUGAAAACUAACAAGCUGAGCAAGCAACACUGGCUUCCAAACAGGACACUAGAUUCUCUGAAAAAGCAUCAGCUGCUCCACACACAUGAUAGCCUUAAUCAAUGCGAGAAAUGCCACUCUCCUGCGUCAAAUUUGCAAGAUAAUUAUCUCCCCCAGCAGGAGGAGCUAUCUUGCCCCACCUCAGACAAGCCAGUGUCCAAAGGGAAUAUUCAUAAGAAAGAAGACAGGAAUCACAAAAAUAACUCAGGAAUAUUUUCACCAGCUGGGCAUCCAAGCAACUUCAGGCAAAAAGGCAAACUGGAUGGAAAAGAUGUUACUAGACCAAUCGAGAAACACUCAAGAGGCAAUCUCUUUCUUCAGAACUUUAAUGCAACUCCAGGAUUACCUAUGGUAACAUACUCGUGUUCAUCACCAGCUAAAGCAGCCAUGCGAGAAACAAACAAUGACCUGAACAUCUGCUGUUUAAUGGCUCAACCUCUCAUGCUCCAGAAAUCAUUUCCAGUGGAGCCACAGCCAAAUGCUCAUUCUGACCCUGUGGAGUCCUCUUUUUGGUCUUUUCCUUUUGAUUUUGUAGGCGCUGGCACAUGCUGCCAGCAUGUGAGUAUGGGUUCAGAGGUUACUGCUCCUUUUUUCUUAUGUCCAAAAGCUGACCACAAAAAUAUACUUAAUGUAGAGUCACAAGGUCAAACUUUUACUGCGUUAUACCCAUUGGUCCAGACCUCACGAAAGGAGGAACAUCCAAUGGAAGGAAAUUCUUACUCAUCUCUGAAGGACAAACUUAAUCCUAGUUCCAAAACUGUGUGUUCAGCUUCAUUGGGAUCAAAGACAUCAAUCUCAAGUACUAGCUUACCUGGCACAGCUAAUAUACAGGGGAUAAACUCUUCUGAUAGCAAUCCUCAUAGAUGUGUAGACAAGAAUGGAGCCUACUUACAAUCAGAUGGCCAUGGAACACUUAAUGAAACUGGCACUAAUACUUUUAAAGAGCCCUCAUUUCCCUUCAGUCCCACAGAGUCCACAGCUAGCUCUGAAACGCCUUCCAAAACAUACAAAAAAAGAAGUUUAGAGAUGAUAAGGAAACAAACCCGAGUGGAAUACGCUGACACAAGCAGUGAUGACGAAGACAGGCUAGUUAUAGAAAUAUAGCAAACAGGACACUGCCACAGCAGAUGGAUGUAUGACAGUACAUUAUAGAGAGAAAUGCCAUGGAAAUUGCAGAUCAUUGAUCUGCCUUUUUGAAGCACCUUAACAUCAGAAUAGCCAUUCCUGCACAGUAUAAGCAAAGUUUUCUUCUAAGAACAACAGUUCUUCUUUGCAAGGACUCAGGCUUCUUUUACAUAUUUUAAUGCUUUUCUGUGGAGCAAGGAAGCAGUUAAAUUAUAUAUUUAAAUGCAUAAGGUGGUUCCCAACUCCACUAAACCUCAUCAAUCCCACAUAACACCCACAAUCCCCAGUUCACAGAGACUGUAUUAUAAAGACACUGCAGUGUGUUUGUUUACCAAUAAUGAUAAAACAGCUAUCAGCUUCCUUAAUGCAUAAGUUGAGGUGUAGAUUGUAACAAACCAUUGGGUAUAUUUUCAUCCCUGUGCUACCCUUUUUAGUAAUUAUUUCCAGCUUUCAGGAAGUUAUGUAUGUACAUUGGGAGGAAGAUAUAUCCCUCAUGUAUCUAUGAUAUUGAGAGAUGUCACACAAAUACUGACUUUUUCCAUGUUGUACAAUGGUCAAUGCUUCUUUGUGACAAAAUGACACAAGCAUGCCUGCUUUGUGUUUUGUGCCUUUUCUGCUGAGAUCUACAGAAAUAGUUUAUUCUUUAGCUCUACUUUGAGAAAUUGGGGUGUAAAUAGGUAAUGUCAAUGUUUCUUUGUAAUGAGAUUUUUAACACAGAGAUUUUCUGAUUCCGUUUUUCGGAUUGUGCUCUAAAAGCAAGUUACACUGUUGUGUUUUAUUUUGUUCUGAAGUUUAGCCCAAAUGUAAAUCAACUUCUGCUUUGAAACCCAAAAUUUACUUUGUUUACAUGAAAACCUCUCCAGUCAGUAAAAUACCAGAUACACUUACCAUUCACUAAAAAGCUAGUUUAAACUGACAGAGAAAGUUUGAAAUCAUUGCACUGCUGUACUAGAGUCAAAUUUUAUACUUACCUUUGCUAUGAGUUUUUGUAUAAUUUGGACUCAUAUACAGGAUUUUAUGGAUUAACUUUCAUGUGAUAUUCAUAAUUGCAUGUACUUUAAGGAAAGAAUAAUCAUGCAAUCAUGCACAGGUGAGCCUGUAUGGGUCCUAGUCAUAAAUAGGUCUAGUGUACUAUCUAUGUAUGUCAGAGAAACAUAUGCAUAUUGUAAGAAGUGAAUGAGAAGUGCCAGAAUGACAACCUUUCUGUGAAUACACAUAAAUGGAACCAAAUGCUAAGAUCUAUGUCAUCCCUUUACACUCAUAUGCAUUAUGAAAGUGACCAUAGUUCCAGUUUGCCCUGCAGAGAGCUUUUUAUUUAGCAUCAAAUUAUGUUGGUAUAUAUUUUUACUGUUAGGGAAAUUGAUAUCAUGAUCAGAGUGUUAUACUGAUUUCUAAUUAUAAAUGCUAGUGCCAUUGUGUUGAAAAGGUUAAUGGGGGCCGCAGGAUUUUUUCUUUGUCAGCAGUAAAGCACAAAGAAUAACCUACAAAAUCUUUAUUUGUUCAUUAUAAAAAUACUACGAUAUUCAUUUCCAAAAUCAGAGAGAUUUCAGUAGGGUUCCUACAGGAUUUGGGAUCAUGAUUGCAUGGAAGAAUGGAUGUAUUUUUUUUUUUUUUACUAAAAAUGAGCAUUAGCUAUCUUCCCCUUUUACUUCUAUGAAAUCCUGGGACCUUAUUCUGAUCUUACUUCUAUAUGCUGGUUUUAUAACACUAGCAUUAACUCCAUACACUUUAGAAGAGUUAGUUCCUGAUUUUCAGGAGUGUACAUGAAAUCAGAAUUAUGCCCUUAUAAGCUUAUAGGUCAGAGACUAAGUGGAUAGAGGGGCCCUAUUCUGUAAAUAAACUUUAUGCAAAAUAGCUCUUAAUUUCAAUGGGAUUUCCAUGUACGGAACAGAGACAUGAGAAGGCCAAAUAGUGUUUUAAGCUGGGAAGGUUUAUACUAAAGACUAGCAAAUAUGGGUACGAAAUUCCUGUUUUGGGAAGUUAAGAAGCAUGAAAGGUAUGAAUGCUGGGGGACUGGCUGGCCAUGUAAGUUGCAUAUUGUAAUUGCAUAUUUUUGUUGAAUAUGCAAUAUAUAGUACCUGAAAUACUAUUUGUUUGUUGAAUGUUGAUAAGAAUGAUACAACUGACUUAUUUGUAUAUUUUUUAAAAAAAAAUCUGUUCCUUUAUAUUCUUAACUUAUUUUGUUUCGAUAAAAAUUAAACUUGAAGGUCA